UCUCACCUCUUUUAAAGGACCAAUGGAGGUUCAUCCCAAAGAUCAAUAUAAUCCUCCGUCAUCCCUGUUCGUAUUGCAGCAACUAGUAGAACCAAAUCGACGUGUUUCUAAAGAGAAAUUACCACGAAAGACACUUCGUUGUCUUUCUUUUUUGAAUCCCUACAAAAUGGAAGAGUCACUUUUCAACGUGAAGGCCGGCUUCGCGGAGGGGAUCCUCCGAGGCCUCAAAUGCGGUUUCCUCACCAUGGAUGAUUACCGAAAAUUUAUGACGAGAUUCUUGUUAAAAACGUGAACCGUUAUUUUGAUAAGAUUAUAUAUCAGAUUUUGCUUCACAUUUAGUUACAGCUGCUACUGCUAAAUCGUGAGUAGAUUAUUAUUGAACGCUUCUUCUUUUCCUCCCUCCACAAGAUAAAUAGCUCCUCACAUCAGUCCCACCUCGACAUCGGCAUCGGUUCAUAUCCCUAGGCGCCUGCGAAUCUCUCGAAGAUGUACGAACGGCUUUGGACGACACUGAUUAUUCUGGCUUUUUGCAGGAUGAGCCUUCGCCUUUGGAGAUUUCCACCAUCAUCGCGAAGGCAAAGCAGAAAUUGGCGGAUGAGUUCAACUACAUCAAGUAUCAGGCGACUGAUCCCCAGCUGGUCGAAUUCAUGACUUUCGUGCAGAAAGAAAAGAUGUUAUGGCUCAUGAGCAAUUUUUUUUUUGAAUUAGAAGGUAGUCGAAGCGGUCGAUUAGGUAAAGUAGUUGUCGUUGUAAACGACUGGUGAGGUACAGGAGGUACUAUCAUUCGAUUUAAACAUAUUCAAGGAUCCUAAUGAGCAUGGAGGCCAUUAGAUUUUGAAAUAAACGCAGCUGUUUUGAUAUAUUAUCUACACAGUAAGGCCAAUAACGGGUUUCGAGUUGCUCGAGUUGCCACGAGUUGCUCGAGUUGCCGAAGCGAAGCGCUUCACUGCUGGAACGAGUUGCCACGAGUUGCCGGGAGGUGUCCGCUCCAUCGAAAUGGAGCGAAGCAGGGCGGUGCGAGCACAAACCCAGCCGGUCGAAGGGGCGAAGCGUAAGGGCGUGCUGCGUUUGUUGUUGCUCAUGAAAGGGGCAAUCGGGUGCGAGUGCCCCCUGGGCCCUUAUGACUUUUUUUUUGUAGCUUGCCAGCGGGCGUUUAUUAAAGCGCAACCAAGGGGGCGAAAGACUCUGCCCGUUGUUGUUUUUGUUUGAUGUCAGUGUCGCUGUGGCGUGUGGUGUCGUCUGGUCGGUGGCGAUCUCUCCCAUUUUUCUUCGGAUGUAUUCCCAAUAAAUCUACUUCGGGGGUGCGAGCGAGUAGCCCCCGUCUGCUUUAUAGGGCGGCGCGUCUAGCCUUGCUUGGGGGUGAGUAGACUAGAGAAAGCACCAGCUGGGAGUGGAAGCUGGAAGUGGAUGAUCACACUAGAUUCGCGAGUGAUUAGAUGUUGACCAAGCAAGUGGCUGAGAUGAAUCUUGAGCCCGAGACGGUUACUCGCUCCUGUCUCAAGGGUGCACUCCGAAGAAAAUCAAGGAUCAGAGACACGGCGCGCAGUGUCGUACGCUCCUGCUAAGGUUUCGCGGAGUCUCAUAAAGCUGCGCCCGAAGGGCGCCGCGCAAAAAAUUAGGGUGGGCAACUCGAGCAACUCGAGCAACCCGAGCAACUCGACCCGAUACGGGUCAAAAAGUGCCUUACUCUAUAAUAUAUCUACAUCUACAAUGUGCUUUUCAUAUUCAUUGUUUGUAUUUUCUACUUGGGUUGGCUCCACCUUCUAUUAUUCAACAAUAUUGUGGUCAUCAACCUUUCUAAGAACAAUCGACAACGUUGUCAAUCUGCUGCAAGGCGCAUUGAAUGGAAAGCCAGCAGUGGAACUUUUGGCUAAGGCGGAUCCAUUGGGUAAGGCUACUUCUACAAGUAUAUCUGAGCCAAUGCCAAUCUAGUACAAACACAUCUUUUGCUCUUCAUCUAGUAGACCUAUCUCAUGAAAGAAUUAUCUCACGACCAGCACUCUCACAUCUCACUCACCACCAUCCUACCAGGUUACUUCGAAGAGAUGCGAACGAUUCCGAGUCUUGAUUUGACUCAGGGAUACGAAGACCUGUAUCAGACGAUUUUGAUCGACACGCCAGUUGGUCCUUACUUCGAGGAAGUUCUGAAGACACUCAGUGAAGACGGAAAGCCUUUGGGAAGAGACGUAUUUUUUGUUGAAGAUGAUUUUGGAUCUUUUGCUGUUGACCAUGAUAAGCAAGCGGUUGCGCCUUUUCUUUUUUACGAGAUUAUCUCACGUAAUAUCCAGGAUAUGACAACGAGCAAGAUCAUGGGCGAGACUCUCUAGUAUAAACAUGUUACCAACAUCAACAACUCACCUACACCACAGUCUGACGUCGGUUCCAUUCUCACGGAGCAAGACUUGGAAUUGCUCAAGAACUUGCUGAAGAAGGCGUGGCUCGAAGAGUUUUAUCAGUUCAUCGUCUCCGUUGGCGGCAUGACCUCAGAGAUCAUGGGACAUAUUUUGUUAUGGCCUGCAACUUUAAUGAACAUCAUCUAAAAAUGACGUCAGAGACCACGAGUAUUCUACUCAUCUGCAUAUUAACCACCGUUGUUUUUACCCUACCUCCUCAACAUUCUCCUACAGUCCUACAACAGUCCUAAGUACCUACUUACUUACUCAUUCUAAUCUCCCGAAGUGAGGCCGACUUUCGUGUCCUUAACAUCACGUUGAACUCGCUUAACACGUCUCUCGGCAGCCAACAGAAAAUCGCUGACCGCAAUAGCCUGUACCCGAACUUUGGCUACCUUUACCCGGAAGGCACUGAAAAAUUGUGCAAGAGCUGGAACCAGACCACAGUGCGAGCAGCUUUGUUAAGGCACUGAAUAAAUUAGUGGUUCUAAUUUUUGAGUCACUCAGCUUUGUUUGUUGACCACUUCGACUUCACUUGACUUAAUCGGCCGAUCACUUGAUGUAGUUUGUUCACCAAUGCUUUGAGAUGGUUUUUCCAUCGAGGAGUUCUCGAUGACCAAUUAAGAACUUUUACUAGGGCAUCUUGUUGUUCAAACAAGAACAACCAGCUCUAAUCUCAGAACCGUACAACCAAUACCGAGAUUUGUAUGACAGCGUAAAGAUGUACUACGACAAGGAGGCACGAGCGGCCAUGGCUGCUGCAGGAGGCGGUGCUGGAGGACGCAAGACCGCAAACAUCUUAUGGAUAGUAACAAGAGGAAUUUUGUAAAUGCGGAUGUGCAUUAUCUUUAUCAUGUAGUACUAGUUGUAGAUGUAGUAGACUUCAUGCAACUAAAGUGGAACAGCCUUGUUCUGGUAUAGCUAUAGUUUCAACAAACCAAGUUCUCGUUCUAGCGCUGUCUGCUCUUCAUAUCAUUUAUACGAACACGGAAGACUCUCUCUUCAACAUUGAAGUAGUUCUUCCCCUGAUAAAAGCCUGACUGUUCUACUUUCUCCCACACCUCCCCGAGUCCUCCUCUCCCAACAACCGUCGCCCCUUCAUCUGCGAAAUCUAUGGAGGACAUGCUCUUUUCCGAGACCGCAAAAUUGUAUGAAUUGUCCUUCGACCAGCAAUUCCACUACGGCACUUUCUACGCCUACGCCAAGCUGAAGGAACAGGAGGUGCGUAACUUGGGUUGGAUUUGCAACAUGAUCGUGAUGGGCAAGCGCGAAUACGCUGACGACAUCAUCCCCAUCUUUGCGCCGAGGGUGUAAGAAGCUGGUGCGCGGCGUGAGGUGGGUGAAUAGAUUUCUAUUUGGUAGAUUUAAUGUCUUAGGUUGGUAGAUGAUGUCUACUUAGGGCAAGUAAUAUUUUUCUUCCAACGGUAAGCGUUAGAAGUUUCUGUCAUGUGACGACAGCGGAAUUGAUUUUGGGGUGAUUUCUAAUAUUAAAGACGAUUUAGUUCUUGAAAGCAGUGGUCGAGUUGUUCGACUUCUACUAGUUGCUGCAGGUUGUAUUGUACAACUACAAGAAUUGUGUGGAGAACUAGAGCAACUACGAUAGCAAUACGAUCGUGGAACAAAUAGAGGGGAAGAGUUAGGGUGGAGUCGCUCGCGUUAUUUUUACGUGAACUAGUGGUUCCGCACGCUUCUCUUUCCUUGAUGACAAGAUUUUUUAUGUUGCUAACGCUAACGCUAUCCUCGGAAGCUUCGUAUUGUCUUUCAUGUGGUCUUAAAAAGUUGUGUUUUCACCAUGUUGAUGAUCUUUUUCAAUUAAUCUUGUUCGGAAUCAACAUUCUUCAUCAAUCUCGACGUAAAUUUUUCUUCUCAGUAGCAGUACUUACAACUUCAAAUAGCCAGUUUACCUCUACUUUUUAUGAUUCGUUUUUACCUCUCACAGUCAACAUUUCAUCGAGUUAAAGGUAGACACCAGAAGAAAAAUCUUCUGUGAGGUAGCACCAGUAGCGGAGAGAAAGACUCAGUAGCAAAAGAAACGUUCAGACAUCAUCUGCUGCUCAAGACAGUAGCGCAAACUUGAGAAUUUCACCUUGGAUUCUUAGCCAUAUUUCAAGCUCGAGCCCCUAUGCGAUCGCAAUUGAUAAUCGAAGGUCG